CUUGGGCAGCUUGCCAAACGCUCGUAUAGAGGCCAGUCGCGAGGAAACUCUGCUUAUCGAUUACGCACGUAACACAUUUGCCCCACAGAGCACCAAAGAGCAAAUAGUUCAAAAAUAACCAGCGAGCCAAAUAAUAAUUGUGCUGCCGAAUGAUAAUGGAGAUGAUAAUGAGGCUGUAACUGGGACACAAGAGACCAGACCGAAAGGAAGUGCCAGUCAAGAGUGGAAUACCACCAACCAGAAAGGGAAGGGUUUAGAGGAGGAAGGAGAAGGAAAACACCCAGGACCAUCCAGUAGACACCAUCCGAGUUCAAGGAACUAGCGAGCAAUGAAUCCCUACACACAAGGAGGCGGAGGAGGUGCCGGCGGCGGAGGAGGCGCCAAUCCCUUUGGGGCACCUGCCGGAGGAGCGGGCUAUGCCCAGCAGGGCUACGCCUACGAGCAGCAGGCAACAGGUGGCUACGACCAGGGAGUGAAUUUCGGCCAUCAGCAGCAGCAGCAGGCAGCUGGAUAUGGACCACCUGGAGCCAGGCCUCGGGUGGAUGUGGAGGCCAGCGGGGAGGUGGAUCCCAAUUUAUAUCCGGAGGCCAAGGAGUCAACGCACAAGGUUCGCGGCCACUCGGACAUCCUGGAAAUGUUUUUCGGCGCCAGCACGGAACGGGAGCUGAUUCCGGUGAAGAGUUUCUACUUCUUCUUCUACGCCGCCUUUGGAUCGCUGUUUCCUUUGAUGGGCGUGUACUUCAAGCAGAUGGGCAUGAAUCCGGGCCAGUGUGGCAUCCUGGUGGGAAUGCGGCCCUUCGUCGAGUUUUUGUCCGCCCCUUUUUGGGGAUCCUAUGCGGAUCGUUGUCGGCAGGGCAAGCGGUUGCUCCUCGGAUCACUGGCCUGCUGGGUCCUCUUCACCAUUCCGCUGAGCUUCAUCCGACCGGAGGCCAUCAACUGUAUUGAGCGGAGGAAUUCCACGGACUUUGUGCUGACCUACACUCGCACGAAGCGAGAUCUGUCGGCCAUGUAUGAACCGGAGCAAAUGGAUCUGGCCACCGGGACCAUGCCGGCGGACGAGGCUCUGGAGGAGGCGGAGGCAGCGCACAGCAGACACAAGAGAUCCCUGCUGCUGCCCAGGAUCGAUGCGGGCAUCUCGCCGGUCCACAUCAACUUUGUGAGCAACUAUGACGACAAGUACCACAGGGACUAUGUGACGCCCAUCUUUAGUUCCAUGGUCUACAGAACUCCGGACAUCCAAAAGGCGUUCUUCCUGCUGCUGCUGGUGAUCCUCAUCGGGGAGUUCUUCAGCGCUCCGGCGAUCACUUUGGCGGACUCGGCGGUGAUAACAUUGCUGGGCGAGGAUGCGGACAAGUAUGGGCACCAGCGAAUGUUCGGCUCUUUGGGAUGGGGCAUCUCCAUGUUCCUGGUGGGCAUCGCCCUCGAUCACUCCACCUCGUUCUCGAACCAUCCUUGCGGAGCGGGAAACAAGGAGAAGAACUACAACAUCUGCUUCUCCAUCUUCUCCGUGCUGAUGACCUGUGCGAUUAUCUCCGCCUCGAAGAUCACCUUCAAGUACGAUCCCAUCGAUGAGCAGAUGGCCGCCGCCCAGCAGCAGGCGCAGUUCGUGGAUCCCAACAAGCGGGCCGAGGAGGAGUCGAUGAACCAGUUGGCCGCCCAACUGAAUCUGCCCUCGCUGGCCGUUGGUAGCGGCAGUGCCGCCUCGGGUGCCUCCGCCGGUGGCGUUAGUACCUUCCUGGCCGCUGGCCACCAGCCACAGCCGCACAUUGGGGCCGAGUCCAAGGUCUUCGCCCAGACGGCCAAGGAGCUGCCGGAGUGGAUGACCGUGCUGACCCACUUCAAGGACCUGAAGACCGCCUCCUUCCUGUUCGUCGCCUGGUUCAUGGGCUUCGGCAUUGGCCUGAUAUUCACCUUUCUGUUCUGGCAUCUCCAGGACUACGGUGGCACUCCCACCCUGUUCGGUGUGGCCUCGGUCAUCAAUCAUGUCUCCGAGAUUUUUGCCUACUUCUUUAGCUUCCGUCUGAUCACCCAAAUCGGUCAUGUCAAGGUUUUGUGUCUGGGUUUAGUUGGCAAUGUCCUGCGCUUCCUUUACAUUUCCUAUCUGACCAAUCCGUGGAUGGUUCUGCCCUUCGAGCUGAUGCAGGGCAUCACCCAUGCAGCCGUUUGGGCCGCCUCCUGUUCUUACAUUGCCCACAAUACCCCCAAGCACCUGAGAGCCUCGGCUCAGGGCGUCCUCCAGGGCAUCCACCACGGAUUGGGUCGCGGCUGCGGCGCCAUCAUUGGCGGCAUGUUCGUCACCUACUACGGUACUACUACUACCUUCCGCUGGUACGGCAUCGCCUGCCUCUUCGUCCUCGGCUUCUUCAUCUUCGUCAACUUCUAUCGCAAGGAGCAGGGCUUCAUCUCGGAGAUACCAGUCACCGAGGAUCCGCAUCAGGUGGCCGAGGAGACCUCGCAUCUGGCUCCCCACGGCGUUCCCAGCAAUCCCAUACCAAGGGCUCUCUCCAAUUCGCGUCUAAACGAGAUGAACCCCAAUGGAGGACCGUAUGGCACCUACCAGACCACUGGCGGCAAUCUGGAUAUUCCCGGAGCCAACCAGCACAAUCCAUUCGCUCAGUAAACAGUCGGCAUUCAGCCCAUCCACAUACUCACAGAACUAAAACGAACAAAGUAUAACCGCAAACAUAUCUUGGACAUUGGCCUGCAAUAUGAAUUGCAUAACUGCAUUGCUUUAUUUUGAUUUGUUGGGCAAUCAACAUACGAUCUACACAUAGCAUAGCAUAUACAUAUACACAUAUAUAUAUUUUAUAUAGGACCUGCCACAUAGCCAUAGCAUAACGAUUCCGUAUUAGUUAGAUUGGUUACAGUCGAUGGAGGAGAGAGUAGGGGGAGAUCGAAACGAAUUUUCACAUAGCAGCUUAGCAAUAUACAUAGGGCAAUAUAUGUGUGUGUACGGAUAGAUGUAUAUAU